AUGCAGGAAACUAUGAGCGAAAUCAGAACGAAUGGACCUGUUGUUGGCGAUAUACAAAUUUAUGACGAUUUAUUUGGUUUUACAGGAGAUGGUGUAUACAGAAGAAGUCAAUACGCCAAACCAUAUAACCCGGCCCUUUAUCAUACAUUUGAAAUUAUUGGAUACGGAACUCAAGUUUGUAAUGGUUAUGAAGUCCUUUAUUGGAUAAUCAAAAAUUCUUGGGGCGCAGAAUGGGGUGAUAAUGGUUUCUUCAAAAUUCGGCGUGGUUGGAAUGAAUGUGAAAUUGAAAGCAAACAAAUAUCUUUUGGAAUGCCUGAUUUUUAA